UAUGAUACUUCAGAAGAUUUAAGAAGUAAAAGUGACGCGUCGAUCGCCCGAUUGCAAGAACUUUCUCCCUCAUGGCCGGCGACUCCUCGGACGCCGCCGAGGUCGAGAAGCUCUACGAGUUCGGCGAGCGCCUCAACGAAUCAAAGGACAAGUCACAAAAUGUUAGCGAUUACGAGGGGAUAAUAAUGGCGGUAAAGGGCGGGAGCGUGAAGGCGAAGCAGCUGGCGGCGCAGCUGAUCCCGAGGUUCUUCAAGUUCUUCCCUACCCUCGCCAGCAAAGCCAUGACUGCUCAGUUUGAUCUCGUCGAAGAGGAAGAGCUCGGGAUCAGAGUCCAAACAAUUCGUGGGCUUCCCCUUCUCUGCAAAGAUAAUUCAGAAUAUGUUUCAAAAAUUGUUGAUGUUCUUGGGCAACUCUUGAUAUAUGAGGAAAAUGUGGAGCGGGAUGCGGUACAUAAGGCCCUUAUGUCUCUUUUAAGGCAAGAUGUAAAAGCUUCUUUAACAGCUUUGCUUAAGCAUGUUGAGAUGGGCAUGGAAAACAUCCGUGAAAAAGUUAUCUGUUUCCUUAAGGACAAGGUUUUUCCUUUGAAAGCUGAGUUGUUAAAUCCCCAAGCUGAAAUGGAAAGAUAUGUUACUGAUUUGGUGAAGAAAAGCUUGCAAGAUGUGACUGGUGCAGAAUUUAAGUUAUUCAUGGAUUUCUUGAAGACUUUUAGCAUAUUUGGGGAAGGUGCUCCUCCAGAGCGUAUUCAAGAACUAAUUGAAGUUAUUGAAGGGCAGGCUGACCUUGAUGCUCAAUUUAAUGUUGAUGAUAUUGAUCAUAUUGACAGAUUAACUUCAUGCAUGUACAUGCGCCCUUCGUUGCUAUGCUAUAGAGGUGCAUCAAGCAGCAAGUUCCUCAAUUAUUUCAACAAGCACAUAAUACCUGUUUUUGAUAAGUUUCCAGAAGAGAGGAAACUUGAUUUACUCAAGACUCUUGCUGGAUGUUCCCCUUAUGCGCCGGCGCAGGAUUCACGUCAGCUUCUUCCCUCUAUUGUUCAACUACUUAAGAAACACAUGCCAAGGAAGAAGAUAGAAGAAGCAAAUUUUAAUUAUGUUGAAUGCUUAUUGUACACAUUUCACCACUUAUCCCACAAGGCUCCAAACUCUACGAAUAGUCUUUGCGGCUACAAGAUUGUUACUGGCCAGCCAUCUGACAGGCUUGGUGAAGAUUUUUCCGAAAACUAUAAAGAUUUCACUGAGAGGUUAAGUUCUAUUGAAGAUGUUGUGAAGGUAGCUAUGAAGAAACUAACCCAGGGGAUGGCGGAGCAGAACCAGGCACUGUCUGCAGCCAAGACUGAAGAAACAAAGGCUAAAAUUAAGCUGGAUCAGCAAAAAACUACAACUGGGCUGCGAGUUUGCAACAACAUACUGGCAAUGACACAGCCUCUUCAUUCAAAAGCUCCUACAUUUAUUGGUGAUAACAAAAUCAAGCUAUCCUGGAAGGAGCCAGCAAAAGCUUUACCAGCCCCGACAGGGAGUAAACGAGCUGCAUCUUCUACCAAUGGUUCCGUUAAUAAUGCUAAAAGGGUGAGAGGCGAAGGGCCUGUACGAAAUCAGCUGGUGAGCCGAGCAUUUGAAGGUGUAUCUCGGGGCGGUGGGAGAGACAAUGGAAGAAGGGGUAGGGUUUGGGGAAACCGUGGUAGAGGUAGAGGUUACCGUUAGUUCAUUAUGCCUUCAGGAGCUUCAAAAAUGAUCAUAGGCCCCGUGCUGAUUAUAAUUUAUGUGAAGUCAAUGAAGAAGAGUGUAGCUGCACUCCAAAGCAAAUUAAUAUAGCUCUUAUUUACAUUAUCAUGUAGUUUUGACAUGACAUCGUUCCGAAGAUUGGAAUAUUAACGCAGCUGUACAAUUUAGAGAUUGUAGAGUAUUUUUUUCAUUUUGGUUCAAGGAGAAUGUCAUGGUUCAACUUCCAUUUUAUUCCAUGCAUAUAGUGCAUUUCUGGUGGUGGUAGUUUCA